AUGUCAGAGACAUCUUCGCCACGAGCAGCGACAUCUUCGCCACGCGCAGCGGCAUCUGCUGCGGACACGGAUGCUCAAUUCGCGCAACUUCUGGCUCAACAGGUCGAGAUCUCGCAAAGCAUGUAUACAAGACACCAGGUCGUCGUGACCACCAUGCGCCAGGAAAUCGAAGCUUUGCGCAACGAGCUGGCAGAGAAGGACCCUGGGGCCCUUUCCUUCACGAGCUCGUCUUUGGAGAUCCUCAAAUCGGCCAAGAGCAUCUCCGCACCCGUCCUGGCUAUUGUAGCGCCUCCCGUGCCAACCUUCGCCCUUCCUGCCAAAGAGCUCGGCGAGAAGAUGGUGGGCAGCCCCAUGGUGGGCAGCCCCUCAGUUGCCCAUGCUCUUGUACACCAAGAUUUGGAGGAGGCAGAGGCCGUCCUGGCCUCUUUCGACUCUCACGCCCAUGGCGGGGAGGAUGCGGUCAGCGCUUUUCAACUGCGGCAGCAGUCCUCCGAAAUGCGCGUACGCAGCUCCCUCACGGCCAAGCGGCAGAAGGCGCCCUUCGCGGACGACUCCGAGGAGGUCUUGAGACCCCCGGGUCGCCAGCGGCAUAGCACGAGGUCGCCUAGUGGAGACAUGCACGGCGUCCUCCCAGGGCAGGUCAGUUUCAGGUCCCCGUCUGGAGACAUUAUUGGCACCAGGAGGUCGAUCUCCACUGACACCUUCGGAAUGCAGGGCAGCCGCAGGGGAUCAGCCAUGGAGGCACUGCCGAACAGGUCCAGUAUCGUUUCGGAAAGCGGCGGCGUUGGCAGCCGCAGCUCUACACAUCGCGCAGCUGCUGCGCGGGCCCGGACGGCAGAAAUGCGCCGAAAUUCGAGCCGGACCCAGACGAACGAUUUGCCCAGUGUGGGUCCCCGGGCCACGUCUGCGCCUGCGCUGGACCAGGUAGAGCUGAGUCUCGAGCCGUACGAAACCUGGAUCCAACUUGCCGACGAGGCAAUCCUGGAGGAGCGGCGCGCCUCGAUGCAGAGUUACACCGCGCAAACAAACAGGCUUUCCGUUCAGCAUGGAAAGGUCACCAUGGAUGCAAAGACCCGAUCAUCCAGGCUAUUGAAGGCCAUGAUCAUGGAGCCAGAUAGCAAGCGCCGGCUGUUGUGGCUGGUGUUCUCAUUGUUACUGAUCGCCUAUGACAUGAUCUUGGUUCCCUUGUCUGUAUACAACUUGGAUAUCUCGUCCUUCGAGCACCCGAUGACCAUGCUCUCCGCCACGUUUUGGACGCUGGAUUUCUGCCUUGCCUUCUUCGUGGGCUACUACGUCUCGGGGACCCUUGAGCUACGGCCACACAAGACGGCAAGAAAUUACGCCCAGACCUGGAUGAUGCCGGAUCUCAUCCUGCUCAUGUUCGAGUGGGUCGACGUCCUGACGAACAUUCCCUCACUGCCCAGUCUCAUCCGCUCCACUCGCUCCUUCCGAAUUCUGCGCUUCCUGAAGUCGGCAAAGCUUCUCCGAGCUGCGAAACUUCCGGGAUUCUUCCGCUACCUCCCGAUGUUUAUCACCCGGUCGGAGUACAUAACCUUGAGCCUUGGCAUCGUCCGCCAUCUGUUGGGAAUCCUGUUCAUUAACCACGUCAUCGCCUCGUUCUGGUACCUGCUUGGUCAGGAAUCGGGUGGAUGGGUGGAGGUUUACGAAAUUCCAGUUGCAGAUUGGUGGUAUUCGUAUCUCAUAACGUUGCAUUGGAGCUUGACCCAGUUCACGCCAGCGAGUAUGGGUGUCCUGCCCCAAACUAUAUCAGAGCGAGCCUUCAAUGUCGCUGUUGUCAUCUUCGCGCUUGUCACGUUCUCGUCGUUUGUGUCAAGCAUUACGAACUUGAUGACUCACUUACGAAACCUGGAGAGUGGAGAACGAAUCAUGUUCUCCAAGCUCGAAGAUUUUAUGCAGAGCCGGAAGUUCUCGUUCUAUUUGACGAUCCGGGUGCGGCGAUACCUCGACCAAAGACUGGCUGAGAAGCGAUCCAAGCCAGAGGAAGGGGAUAUCGAGUUGCUGCAGAGGCUGUCAGAGCCCUUGAAGAUGGAAGUGCAUUUUGAGAUGCACAGCCCGACCCUGACCAAGCACCCAUUGCUCUUCGCCUACUCGCGCCUGAACGAGCCGGCCAUGAUGAAGCUUUGCCACACCGCCCUGCGAACCAUGCAACUGUCUGGGGAUGACUACCUCUUCACCAAAGGCGAGACCGCCAAGACUAUGUACUUUGCCAUGUCGGGGAGCCUCGUUUACACAAGAGAGGAUGAGCCAGCUCCGUACCAAGUGCAGGCACCUGCCUACUUCAGCGAGAUGGUGCUGUGGUGCCCCUGGAGCCACUGUGGAUCGAUGCGAGCCAAGACUGACUGCAAGAUACUGGGUCUGGAUGCGGCAAAGUUCUUCGAUGUCGUGCAGCACGCCAAGAUUUGCCAGCUGGAGGUCUGUGCCUACGCAGAGAGGGCUCUUCAUAUCCAAAACAAGUACUUCGACAAGGAUUCUCGCAGCGAUCUGAAUGUCGGGAAAUACGAUGCUCGCAGGAUUGUCAAGAAGACCUUCCCGAAGGGAUCUUUGGAUGUUCGCCCAGCGUGGUGGGGCGGGGGCAGGAGUUUAAAUCGUCACAACUCCGCAGGCCUCAUGGGGAUGGGCCUCCGCAGGCAGCUGUCGUCGCAGGUGAGCCAGCCCUCUGACUCCGAUGUGUCCUCGGACAGCAGCGUGGAGAGGUUCAGUGUGCGGAAGAGGAUCGUUGAGCAGGAGAAUGAGCGGGACCUGAUGGUGGAAGGUGGGCGGGAGAGGAUCUCCCAAGCCUCCAAGACCUCCAGGACUUCAAAGAAGUCGGAGGCCUCCCUUCCACCACUCAGGGUUCCCCCGAGUUUGAAGCCACAGCUUACGUAG